GAAUUAAGGUUAAAAUAUCACAAUAGUUUAUGUAUUAUAUAUCAUGUUUAAAGAAGAGAUAGCGUCCACUCCUCGGAAAACAUGGAAGGAAACAAAUCGCGAGCUUAAAGAACGUCGGAAAAAGUGGCGUGAAGAGCGUUUGAUAAAGAAAGUAUGUAAUGAAGAGGUUAUGAAAAAUGAAUUGAAGAAGGAGGCUGUCGAGGAAAGUGUGAAUUUUAACGUUAGAAAAGUUUCUACAAUAAGUAUAGCCGUUCCAGGCUCUAUCCUAGAUAAUGCCCAGUCACACGAAUUGAGGACUUACGUUGCUGGACAGAUAGCGAGAGCUGCAUGUAUUUACAAAGUGGAUGAAAUUAUUGUUUAUGACGAUAAGGGUGAAAUUAGUGAAAGCGAAAGGAAGAAAUUAAAGGUUGACGGUGAUUUAAAAGAGAGAAGACCCGGGUGCCUUCAACUGGCACGGAUUCUUCAGUACCUAGAAUGUCCGCAAUAUCUACGAAAAUAUUUUUUCCCCAUCCAUAAUGAUUUACAAUACGCUGGUCUACUUAAUCCAUUGGAUGCUCCACAUCAUCUCAGACAGCAGGAUAUAAGUUUAUUUAGGGAAGGUGUAGUCACUAAUAAGCCAUUAAAAACUGGAAAGGGAUCAUUGAUUAAUGUCGGACUUUUGAACGAUGUUAGAGUCGAUAAAAUUCUAACUAGCGGCUUGAGAGUCACGGUUAAAAUUCCACCAAAUCAAGAAAAUCCUAAAAAACUAAAAGGCAUUAUCGUACCACCGACGUUACCAAGAUCAGAGACUGGAAUUUAUUGGGGAUACUCUGUUAAAUUGGUAUCCAGUUUUUCGGAAAUUUUUGUUCAAUGUUCGUAUCCCGAAGGCUACGAUAUUUCAAUAGGCACUUCGGAUAAAGGAACUUCGAUCGAUAGCAUAGCUUCGAGAAGUUUAAAAUACAAGCAUGCUUUAAUUGUAUUUGGUGGCUUAUCUGGUAUAGAAGAAGCUAUCGAAGUCGAUUCGAAUCUCGAUAUCGACGAUGCUUCUCUAGCUUUCAACGUGUACUUGAAUACAUGCCCUCAGCAAGGUUCCAGAACCAUUAGGACGGAAGAAGCUAUUCUAUUAACACUCGCUGAACUAAGAACGAAGCUAGAUCCAGAAUAUCAACUGGUAAAUCAGCCACAAUGUUCUCAAGAAUCUAAGACUUUAAAAUCUGAUGACGAUGUACCAGACGAAUGUGAAACUUGAAACAUAAAUGAACUAAAAUAACUUUUAAGAGUCAUUAUAAAAAUAAAUAUUUAAUAAAACUUGUACACAGUAUAU